GCAGUGCCGACUGCAAGACGCAGGGAAGUGACAGGAGGGUAAACAGUGUUAAAUUAAAAACGCUUUUCUCUUUCAUUUAGGCUGAAUUGUUGGACGAAACCCGGACGGUUGGAUACUUUCUCUACUUUAGGAAUAUUGAGAUUUACUCUGAAUGUGAUUUUGAUGGUGUAGACGCUCGUCAUAUUCAGGAUCCAUGUCUUUUUUGCGUUGGGUGUCGGAGAAGCUGAGCGUGGAGAGUCUGAGGGAUUUGGACUUGUUUGGAGAGCAAGCUCAGGCAAGCCCACUCAGGAAAGCCCAUGAGGACAGUCGUGAAUCUCUGAGCUCCCUCCCACAUCGGGACACAAUGGGAACCUUCUUACCUGACAACAGUGCCUACGAGCUCCUCAGCGUCAUCGGACAUGGUCUGGAACACCUGAUGACGGUGAACUUGGCUCGAUACAAGCACACCGGGGAACGCGUCGCCAUCAGAAGGAUUGAUAUGGAGUCUUGUACCAAUGACAUGGUCAAACACCUGCAGGAAGAAAUCCACGUCUCGAAGCUGUUCCAUCACCCGAGCAUCCUCCCGUACAAGAGCAUCUUCAUCUCGGAGAACGAGUUAUGGGUGAUCACACCCUUCAUGGCCUACGGUUCAGCUCGAGAUUUGAUCAGCACUCACUUCACACACGGUCUGAGCGAGCUGACCAUCGCGUACAUCCUGCUCGGAGUUCUGCGAGCACUGGAGUACAUUCAUCACAACGGAUACGUGCACCGGAGUGUGAAGGCGAGUCAUAUCCUGAUCUCAGCGGAUGGGCAGGUCUAUCUCUCGGGUCUGAGGAGCAUCUUCAGUCUGAUCCGACACGGCCAGAGAGCACGCGUGGUGCACGACUUCCCCCAGUACAGCGUGAAAGUGCUGCCCUGGCUCAGCCCUGAGGUGCUGCAGCAGAACCUUCAGGGCUACGACUUCCGCUCUGACAUCUACAGUCUGGGAAUUACAGCUUGUGAGCUGGCUAAUGGUCAUGUGCCGUUUAAAGACAUGCCUGCUACACAGAUGCUGUUGGAGAAGCUAAACGGUACAGUCCCGUGUCUGUUGGACAGCACCACCAUCCCGCCGGAGGAGCUGGGUAUGAAAUCUUCACGCUCGGGGGCGGACUCCGGGAUCUGCGAGGGCCCCGGGGCCGGUGGGGCGCGUCACACUAACGGAGAGCCCAACCCCUACAGCAGGACGUUCAGCCCUCACUUCCACAACUUCGUCGAGCUCUGUCUACAGAGGGACCCUGAGAAUAGACCGUACGCCAGCGCUCUGAUUGGUCACUCCUUCUUCAAGCAGAUAAAGCGGCGUCCGUGCGAGGCCCUGCCCGAACUGCUGCGUCCCAUCUCGCCGCAUGGCAGCUUCGAGUGCGUGCGGCCUCAGGACCCGUCCUCGGCGCUCGCCAGCCUGGAGUCUGGCCUCAGCCACCUGGACGUCGACGACUGGGACUUUUGACAAGAAACGAAUAGAUGAAAAGAAGAUGAUGUUGAAACGUUGAUGACUUGUUUCCUGAUGUGUUUGGGUUGUAAUGGUGAGAUUAGUGGUGCGUAGGGCCGGCUGAUAAACCUGUAUGAUCUCAAUAUCACGAUACAGAAUUUAUACAAAGUAAUCGGACAAUAAAAUCCAACUUUUUGACUUUUUUUCGUAACAAAACUUUUGCGCAAAACCAAAUAUCAUGGCUUAAUAUUAAGUCAUCAUGUAUCGUGAUAUUUUUUUGUAUCGUAUUGCCCGUCCCUACUAGGACGUGUUGGAGGGUUCAAGCCAUCCAGUUCUCCUCAAGUGUUAUUUUUUGGGAAGUGUAUGUAUAUAGUUGUGUAUAUGACAGAAACGGGUUGAAGGAGGACUAUUCUACUUUUUUAUCUCUCCCAGAGAGGUGCAAAGCCGCUGCAGCCUUGUCUGAACCACAACACACACAAGGUGCAUGAAUCUAAAAAUGUGCAUGCACACAAACACAGAGACACGCAAUUAUUUAAGGCAGGUGCUUAGUUUUGCGCACUCUGAGCAUUGUUACGUGUUUUAUAGCUGAAUACCCCGAGCAGAAACGAGACGCUCUGAAUGUGUACUAGCUUAGAACUGCUUGCUUGAGGGCUGAGACGUUCAUCAUGCGGAUGAACCGAAGCUGCAUGGACCGCCGUGCCAAUUGUCAGUUUAUAGUGUUGUUUUUUUUUAGUUAAAUUGAGAUUUUUUGUUUUAACAAACUACCAGCAGAACGUCGACUAAUGCGAGUGCAGGAAAUUCAGAAACGACAGCAGUUACAGGAUGGAUUCAUCCUAAAGGUCAACACAGGUCGUUUUCGGUUUCUGCGCCUGCCGCGGUCAAGAUCAGCAGCUACUGUACGUCAUGAAGCUUAUUCCAGUGUUUUCUUUACGUUUUUGUUUGAGUUAGUGCAAAGCCACGACGUUGGAAACUUUGUGUUUAUGUGAAGGUUUUCCAGAUGUUACUUAAUGAAAAAAAAAAAUAAAGACUGAA